AUGCCAAAGCCACUAAUAAAUAGCCUAUUCUCUACACUUUACGUAGCCGAAAGCUCGGACCAUGUUGGAAAACAUUGUGGCAGCGGCGAUGAGGUUGCCAAGGCCAAAAACCAACCUGUGCCCUAUGUGAAAAAGGAAGCAAGCUGUGCUGUUAUCCUCCUGAGCUUUCGCGAAAGUAUGUUCUCGGUUGAUCAGUCAAAGCCCCGAGCUCAACUAAGGUUUGUAGACGCAAGAAUUAUGACGACGAUUAUAUCCGUGAUCUUGAAGACAGACAGGUAUCAAACCUCGGAGUCUCAAUCUCAACACAAUGAGAAGCAUAUGGGUCACGAGAUUUUGCCCGUACCUGCACUUGCCAGUACUGACCACACGAACUCUCUUGCUGACGAGUCUGGAGUCAUCACUUCAGCCAACGAAGAGGAAUCCAAUGAUCUGCGCUCGCAGGUUGCAAUGCAGGAGCUUGCUUCAUUGAUGCUGACCAUGGAUAUGGAGGAGAAAAGCGAACCGUCGUUUACCAUUCCAUCGGGCAAGGACAAGUACUCCUCGAGACAGAACAAAACCGCAGUCGGCGACUCGAAUUUUGAAAUUAAAACAGGCAGAGUUGCCGUUCGUUCUGAUGAAAACCACGUUCUUAACAGAGCUGGACUUGGGCUUCCGGAAUCAUGCCUUGCUUUCAGUGGGUGCCUUUCUUUCCCAAAUUCAAAUUCAAAGGAAUUGAGCACUCAUCAUGCAAUGUCUGCCGAAAAUAUACUAUUGAGAUGUAUACGGGAGCAUCCGAGCGACUUGGCUGUUCAAGGGCUUGCACUAUUAGCAUGGCGAGAGUUGAUGCUGGAGAACAAUAGCAUGGCCUAUACUUAUAUAGCUAUGGCUACAGGGUUGAUCCUACAUCUUGGACUCCAUGUGAGUAAUUUAGGACCCGGAAGAUCACCAGAUUUGACCUUGAACUAUGAUUCCACGACAGACGACUAUAUUCGUAAACGCCGAACACGAUCGUUUUGGGCGUAUUUCUCAGUGGAUCAGCAAGUACCCAUUAACCCAAGCUAUGAAAACAUUUAUGAUAACAUGCACGUUGUAUAUGCAUUUGAGUGGACCGAUCAAAAGCCAAACAACGACAAAGUCUUUUGCAACGAGCACACCAAGCCCUCACGGAAUUCUACACAGGCUCUAAACUUUGCCCUGAGAUCAGCAACGAAUGCAGCUGCCUCGAUAGCCAGGAUCGUUCGAGCAUAUCAAAAGUUUCAUGGUUUUGCCGAUGCCAAUCCACAAAUCAUCGAUUAUAUCCUCAGCGCGUCCGUAAUUCAUUUACUGGAAGCAACAUCUGGUCGCAAUUUUCUAGGGAAACAGUCUGCGAAUAUCUUACGCGGUUGUUUAGAUGCUUUAGUCGAAAUACAGAGUAUGUGGAUGCCCCAAGCGAGCAGAGCCAUACGGCACAUCCAGGAGCUUGCGAGCAAAUGGAAAGUAGUAUGGGCGUUACCACUAUACUUGAGCCAGCGUCUACCAGCUAGUGAGAUUCCUCAAACUCAUAACGAAUUCACAGUACCGGUGCAGAAAUGGAUGGAUGUCCCUGCUGGUAGCGCUCAAAUCUCAUGUAUUUUUGGUAUGGGCGAAGUAGCAAACGCGCACAUGUAUACUGGUUUCAAUAAUGACUUUGGGGCUUUAUGGGAUUCAGGUUUAUUUGAAAAUGCCUUGGAACAUAUCAAUCUACCCCAACAAGCUGUAUAUCAGUCAAGUCUCGAGUGGCUUUUUGACGAACAUUCUGUUGGUUUAUGA